AUGGCGUGCGGCCAAAGCAUGGGCGGCGUGUGCGCCCUGGCCUUCUUUGUCACCAUGGGCCUCCUCAUGAUCGUGCUUGCUUGUGCUUUGAAGGAAUACGGGAACUGGUACCCUCUUCUCGUCUUGUUGACGUAUUUCCUGACCCCAAUCCCAGCAACCAUUGCGAGGCGCUCUGAUUCCGGCUACUCCAUUGGUUUUGGCGGGGAGACAAGCGUGAUGUGGGACGUUGCCCUGUUUUGCACGGCCGCUCUCGUCGUAUCAGGCUUUGGCAUCCCCCUUGUCCUCUGGCAUCACGGCACCAUUGCGGCCGGCGCGUGUUGGUUGACAUUUGGUGGAAACGGUGUCAUCUUCCUCUCCAUUCUCGCAUAUUUCCGGUACUUUACUGAAGACGAUGGUGGCUGGACGCUCAUCAACUGA